CCUUCGUGCUACAGCCUAGUGAAGGGAUAUCUUAACAGUAUUGCUAAUAAUAAUAUAAUUUCUGAUCAUGGAAACUGCAGAGAAUAUCUCCAGUAAUGACUCAAUGUGUAAAUAUCCUGACAUAUACACAACGUCAAUUGGUCAGAGUACUAUUGCAAUGAUUGUAUUUUCUAUCGUGAUGCUGGCGAUAUGUGUUGUUGCUAUUGCUGGUAAUACGUUGGUUCUGUUGGCAUUUGUGAAAAUAACCAAGCUUCGCCGAACUCGUAAUAUGUUCAUUUGCAAUCUGUCCAUUACAGAUUUAAUCACAGGAUUCGCUAUUUGUACAAGAACUAUCAUAGGAGAGGCGGCAUCCGACGCAUUGAAUAUUUCUCUCGUUGCUAUUUCAUGGCUAACCAUUCUCGGCAUUGCUGUAGACCGGUUCAUAAUAAUUGUAGCAGCCCCGAAUACAUACGAACAGAUUGUAACACCUAGGGGAAUCCUAAUCACAUGUGUAUGUUUUUGGAUCGUGCCGCUUUCUGUCACGCUUCCAUUCUCUAACGAUACUGACAACGUGACUUUGAUCUUGUUUAACGUUCUGCCAUCACUAACGAUGACCGUGUUGUCCUUUAUUAUAAUUCUGUAUGCGAUAAUAUUGUACAAAAUUCGCCGCCACGAAAAGAGACUGCGUGAUAUCAAGUCAAAUCGGCAAUUUCGUGAGACGCGUGCCGUUGCUAAGGCGUUUACGCUGAUUCUCGGCGUCGCUGUCAUUGUGACGGUACCGUGGGCGAUUGAAGCAUUUAGGAUAUCUUUGAAGAAGAGAAGAUCCGGCCAGCCUUGUUACUAUACAUCCGAAACAUUCUUUAUUUUUUCAAUCAUCGGUCUCACGAACGCGGCUGUGAAUCCUUUUAUCUACUGGCGGAAAAUGCCGGGUUUUAAAUCUGGGAUACGUUCACUGUUUAGAGGAUGCUGCAAAAAGGACCCUGGGGCAGCAUCUAGCCAUUUGAGUUCAAUAACUACAAAUAAAAAGGACGAAAAGGUCAUAAAUGACACUGCUCAUAGCCCACCCGGAACAGUCAGCCAAUCGUGCCCCGAUAGCUCUGUAUAGAUCAAUUCCUAUUAUUUAAAAACAAAAUCAGCCUUUCUCAGAGUAUUGGUUAAUCGUUUAGUCUUGUACAUUUCUUUGAUAUUAUGGCUUGUAUUUUGCAUAUCGCUGGAUGCCAGGCAGCAAAGAACAAAGAGGCCAGAAAAUGACAUUGACCUGGUGCUCAAGACGGAUGUUUAUUACUUAAUUUUUUUUUAUAACGACGCAACCAAACUUGUGUCACAGACCAUUAUUAGGGUCUGUGCUUGUGUGAAGAAUAACAUUGUAAACUACUGUACAAUACAAUAUUAUCCUUACAUUGAGACUAAUAGUUUUUGUUUUAUGUUACCAUGCAUUCUGUGCUUCGUGGCGUAAGCCUAGAGUGUUCGUUAAUAAAAUUCACGUCGGCCACUUCAGCGCUAUCGUUAUUCAUAAUUAGGCAUAAUCUGCAUACAAUUAUCUAAUUGAUUAUCAUGAAACAUUAUUACUUGAGAGAAUGCUUUUUUAGCUCUGUAUGAUCAUAUACUGCCUCGUCCCUUUGUUAUUGUUGCUAAAGCUGGUUUUCCACCAGCGUGAACACUCAAAAUAUUUGAUAUACCCAAUGACUGGGUCGAAAUUACCCAAGAUUCCGCAAAAAAUUGCCCAAAAUUACCCAAGCUUCCU